GCACAUUCUGAGAAAGAGCACAUUUGGGGACCCACUUGAUGUGACCUGCUGCUGGUUAUUGUUUCUUUCUCCACCACCUGCACACAGAUCAGGACUCCUACAGGGCAGGAGAUCAACGCUUUCUGUCCACCCCCCUGGGCUCUCAGAGGAACAAUGGAAGUUUGGGGGUUUCUCAAGCUGGAAGCGAGUGGCACCAUGGUUACUCUGACCCUGUUUGUGGCGCUCCUGGCCCUCCUGAGAUGGUAUUCCACAUCGGCAUUCUCAAGACUGGAGAAGUUGGGCAUCAGACACCCCAAGCCCGCUCCUUUUAUUGGAAACUUGAUGUUUUUCCGCCAGGGUUUUUGGGAGAGCCAAUUGGAACUCAGGGAACAAUAUGGGCCUCUGUGUGGGUACUAUCUUGGUCGUCGGAUGUACGUUGUCAUUUCUGAGCCAGACAUGAUCAAGCAGGUGUUGGUUGAGAACUUCAUCAACUUUUCCAACAGGAUGGCCUCGGGGCUGGAACCCAAGCCGGUAGCAGACAGCAUCCUGUUGUUACGCGACAAAAGAUGGGAGGAAGUCAGAGGUGCCCUGAUGUCUGCUUUCAGUCCUGAGAAGUUGAAUGAGAUGACACCACUCAUCAGCCAAGCCUGUGAACGUCUCCUGGCUCACUUAAAACACUAUGCAGCAUCCAGAGACACAUUCGACAUCCAGAGGUGUUACUGCUGUUACACUACAAAUGUGGUGGCCAGUGUGGCCUUUGGCACCCAGGUGGACUCCCAGAAUGCCCCGGAACACCCCUUUGUGCAACACUGCCGGCGUUUCUUCGCCUUCUGUAUCCCCAGGCCCCUCCUGGCUUUAAUCUUAUCAUUUCCAUCCAUAAUGGUCCCAUUGGCCCGGAUUCUGCCCAAUAAGAACCGAGAUGAACUGAAUGGCUUUUUUAACAAACUCAUUAGGAAUGUGAUUGCCUUACGGGACCAGCAAGCAGCAGAAGAGAGGCAGAAAGACUUCCUGCAGAUGGUGCUGGAUGCUCGGCACUCCACAAGCUCUGUGGGUGUGGAAGACUUUGACAUGGUCACAGAAGCCCUGUCCUCUACCAAGCGCACUGUGGACCCUCCCCAAAGAAGCCACCCUACAUCCAUGUCUAAGCCUUUAACCACGGAUGAAAUUGUGGGCCAAGCCUUCAUCUUCCUCAUCGCUGGCCAUGAGAUCAUCACUAACACACUCUCUUUCAUCACAUACCUGCUGGCCACCCACCCUGACUGCCAGGAGAGACUUCUGAAAGAGGUGGACCUCUUCAUGGAGAAUCAUCCAGCCCCUGGGUACUGCAGCCUGCAGGAAGGCCUGCCCUAUCUGGACAUGGUGAUUGCAGAGACCCUGAGGAUGUACCCACCAGCUUUCAGAUUCACACGGGAGGCAGCACAGGACUGUGAGGUGCUGGGACAGCACCUCCCCGCAGGCACAGUGCUGGAGAUAGCUGUGGGUGCCCUACACCACGACCCAGAGCACUGGCCGCACCCCGAGAUCUUUGACCCUGAAAGGUUCACAGCAGAGGCUCGGCUUCAGCAGAGACCCUUCACAUACCUGCCCUUCGGAGCUGGCCCCAGGAGCUGCCUCGGGGUGCGGCUGGGGCUGCUGGUGGUCAAGCUGACACUCCUCCAGAUCCUACACAAGUUCCGCUUUGAAGCCAGCUCUGAGACUCAGGUUCCACUUCAGCUAGAAUCCAAAUCUGCCCUAGGCCCCAAAAAUGGAGUCCACAUCAAGAUUGUGUCACGUUGACACAGAAGGCAAGUCGAAAGCACUCUGUGAUGAUGACAUCUUCAAGUCCUGUUUGAAGGGUUCCCCCCGGGACUCCAACAAAAGCCUGGUGUGGAGACGGAAAUGUUUAAAGAAAUACAGAGAUGGUAUCUUUAUCUUAGGGUGAUUAAAAGGGUACAUGGCACUUGAGCAUGUUAUUUAUGUCACAGUCCUGGAUGUUUAAUAAAUGUUUGUCACGCUUCAUUUUGA